GGCUGCUCGGUAAACGGAGUCAGUCUCUCUCAGGUCUGAAGAGAAACGGAGGAAAAAGAAGCGGAGAGAGCGUCAGUCAGUCCGUCUGUCCGUCAGCCCCACAGCUACAGACAGGAAGCGACAGAAACAGAAGAAGAGGAGGAGGAAGAAGAGGAGGAAGAAGAAGAAGGACAAGAAGAAGAAGAAGAAGUGGUGUGUCGGAGUUGCUCAGUAGUUUUCCCUCGCGCUCCGGAGGGUCUCGGUGUGAACAUGGAGCGGACUGGAACUUUGCUGCUCUCUCUCGCGCUGCUUUCACUGGGACUAACGGGCGCGCGGGCGGACACCUUCAAAGCCUGUCUGUCUGGUCAGUCUCCAGACUGCACUCUGGUCCAGUCCAAGGAGGACGACUUCGAUUGGGAACAAGGAGACACCCGAGACCGACCGGUCAGCAACCCCUGGAUCCCUGCAGGUUCCUCCUUCCUGUUUGUGAACACAUCAGGUCGAUACAGCGGGCAGCGCGCUCAGCUGCUGCUGCCGCCGCUCAAAGAGAACGACACGCACUGUGUCAGCUUCCUGUUCUACCAGGCAGGAGGCCGCGAGGGCGCCACGCCCGCCACACUCAACGUCUAUGUCAAAGAGAACAACAGUCCUCUGGGAGUUCCCGUCUUUAACUCUUCAGGCCCCGCCUAUCACAUCUGGAAAGGGGUGGAGCUAGCUGUGUCCACCUUCUGGCCCAAUUACUACCAGGUGGUAUUCGAGGCGGUCAGCACCGGUCAGAGAGGAGUUCUAGCCAUCAAGGACAUCACACUGCAGGGACACCAGUGCAUGAGCACGCCUCACUUCCUGCACAUCAAAGGCGUGGAGGUGAACGCAGGACAGACGGCAACGUUUCACUGCACCGUCAAUGGCCGACCACAGAGCAACCUGCUGCUAUACCUGCAGGGAAUGGGUGGUCGACAGGCGAUUGUCAGAGAAACUAAACCGGUGAAUUCUCGGCGUUACGUUGCGAGCUUUGAUGUGGAGAACACAACAAAGGGAGACUCCGGACGCUAUCGCUGCAUUGCCCAAUCAGAGAGAGGUGUGGGCGUGUCCUCCUACGCUGACCUCACAGUCAAACAGCCUCCUGUACCCAUCGCCCCCCCUCAGCUGAUGGCGGUGGGCGCCACCUACCUCUGGAUCCAACUCAACGCCAACUCCAUCAAUGGAGAUGGACCGAUCAUUGAGAGAGAGGUGGAGUACCGUACGAUGUCGGGCAUGUUGAUUGACACCACACCUGUCGAUAAACCCACCCACAAGAUCGGACACCUGGACCCCGAUACCGAGUACGAGAUCAGCGUGCUGCUGACCAGGCCCCUGGAUGGAGGCACGGGAAACCCCGGACCCCCCCUCAGAGCCAGGACCAAGUGUGCAGAUCCCAUGCACGGCCCACGGCAUCUCGAGGUCGUCGACAUUCAGUCCAAACAGGUGACGGUAAGAUGGGAGCCAUUCGGAUACAACGUGACCCGCUGCCACAGCUACAACCUGACUGUACAGUACCGCUACAGACCUGCAGGGGCUGCCAGCAGGGAGCCGGUGAAGGAGGUGGUGUAUGACACCCUGAGCGUUGUGCCGCAGCACAUCGUGCGUAACCUUCCACCGUUCACCAACGUCAGCCUGAGACUCGUCUUGAGUAACCCGGAGGGACGCAAGGAGAGCGAGGAGUUGCUGGUGCUGACGGACGAGGACGUUCCCGGAGCUGUCCCCGUGGAUUCGAUCCUCGGCAGUAGUUAUGAGCAGCAGAUCAGUCUGAGCUGGAGGGAGCCGCUGCAGACGUAUGGCCUCAUCCGACAGUAUGAGAUCUCCUACAAAGCCCUGAGCUCCUUCGACACAGAGUUCGACCUGUCUAAUCAGAGCGGGAAGGUGUUCAAACAGGCCAAUGAGACGAGCCACGUGUUCACAGGCCUCUACCCAGGCUCCACCUACUCCUUCACAAUAAGAGCCUCCACCAUUAAAGGCUUCGGGCCUCCGGUCAUCACCCAGUUCACCACCAAGAUCUCAGCUCCUCUGAUGCCGGCGUAUGAUCAAGAGUCUCCUCUCAAUCAGACGGACUCCAGCGUCACUGUUAUGUUGAAACCGGCCCAGAGCCGGGGAGCUCCCGUCAGUAAGUACCAGGUGGUGGUGGAGGAGGAGCGCCCCCGCAGGCAGAGGAGAGGUACUGCAGAGAUCCUGCGCUGUUAUCCGGUGCCCAUUCACUUCCAGAACGCCACGCUGCUCAACUCUCAGUAUUACUUCAGUGCAGAGCUGCCGAUGAGUGAGCUGAGAGCCCCCAUGCCCUUCUGUGUCGGUGAUAACAGGACCUACAGCGGUUACUGGAAUGCUCCUCUGCUGCCUCACAAGAGUUAUGGGAUCUACUACCAGGCUGUCAGCACUGCUAACGGGGAAACAAAGAUCGACUGUGUGCGGGUGGCGACUAAAGCUGCUAUAAUCGUCACCCAGCUCACCACGCCGUACAUUCGCAUCGCUCCGGCGGCUGGCGACAAGCAGCUCCCAGGAGCUGCGACCAGGAAACCAGAACCAGAACAGGAGAAACAGUCGGAUCACACAGUGAAGAUCGCCGGCGCCAUCGCCGGCAUCCUGCUCUUCAUCAUCAUCUUCCUUGGAGUCAUCCUGCUGAUGAAGAAACGACGGAGAAAUUAUCACUCCUACACUUACUACCUCUGUGACCUCUGACCCCUGACCUUCACCAUGAG